CCCGUCAUGCCGUGCAGCCGGCCCUCGACGUGGACUGACAGGUAAACACGGCGGCGGUGGCGGAAGAAACAGCAGCGCAGGAUGAGCCUCUUCUGAAAUUCAUGAACUCACGCAGUAGUAACAACAACAACCACCCCCUCUCUACCAGCUUCGGCGCGGACGUCGAGCGAAGAAGUCGCCGCUGUGUGGGAGAGGGCACCGAGAGUUUAUUGAACCAUGGGGAAAAAUCUAUCUCGUAUAUCGCUGCACAGACCCAUGAGUGAAAGUUAUGAGUCCUGCACAUCAACAACGGAUACGGACAAACUAGAUAUUUCGACUGAUCAUGAUGAGGACUGUAGUAGAAAUGGGGAUGUUUCACAGUUUCCAUAUGUGGAGUUCACUGGUCGAGACAGUGUUACUUGUCCAACAUGUCAAGGAACAGGAAGAAUUCCAAGAGAUCAAGAAAACCAGCUCGUGGCCUUGAUUCCUUAUAGCGAUCAGAGACUGAGACCAAGGCGAACGAAAUUGUAUGUGACUUCAUCAGUAGUCCUUUGUUUGCUACUUUCUGGACUAGCCGUAUUUUUCCUCUUCCCACGAUCUAUUGAUGUGAGUUAUGUUGGUGUGAAGUCCAUUUAUGUCAGUUAUGACCAAAUCCACCGGGUAGUUUAUCUCAACAUCACGAGCACUUUAAAUAUUACAAAUAACAACUUCUAUUCAGUGAAUGUAGCAAACAUUAGUGCUCAAGUGCAGUUUUCGAAAACAGUUAUUGGGAAAUCACGGAUAAGCAAUAUUACCCAAAUUGGACCUCUAGAUAUGAAACAGAUCGACUAUUCUGUUCAUACUACAAUAGGAGACCAAAUGAGCUACAUGUAUGACUACUGUACAUUGACAUCAAUCAAAGUACAUAACAUUGUGAUUAUGAUGCAAGCAACUGUUACCACAUCUUAUUUUGGACAUACAGAACAGGUUUCACUUGAAAAGUAUCAGUAUGUGGACUGUGGAAGAAACACCACCUAUCAUUACAAAAGAUCUGAAGAUCUCAACCUUGCACAACUACACAACUUGCCUUGUCUGAGUGUUUAAAGUACAGAAACAGUCAAUAACCAGUAAACCAUUGAUAGAAUAAUUGGGCACACAAGUUCUAAGUAGUGAGAAAUUAAUUUGAUUUACAACUGUAAAAUAAUGACUAACUGUACAAACUGCAUGAUAUGUGUAUGUUAACUAGAUUUAAGUAAAUAGUUAUUUUCUUCAUUUGAAGUUUCGUAUGUUGUAAAUUAAAGGAAAUAUUUCAACAGGGUUUUAUUAGAUGAACAAACUUUUUCCAUAUUAUCCCUCAUUUUGCUAAGUGAGCUCUCACUGUAUUGACACAUUAUCUAAAUUAGCACAUUAAAGAUUAACGAAGGAAGUUGUAGAGAUUUAUUGUUUGUCUUAUAGAUACUUAAAUAGGGAUGCCAACUAUCAUAUUUUCACAUUCAAUUUUAAUUCUAAUUGAGGAAUUAACUUAAAUUCAUUAGGGUAACACAUUUGUCACUUUUUGCUCUCUUUAGGAAUGUGAUCAUGUAAUAAUUUGAGGAAAGUUUCACUUUAAAACAUUUCAAACAUGGAUUCUGUGCAAGAAUAAUUGAUGUACGAUAUUUAGAUUUUUCACUGUUGGCUCAAAAUUUUAUAAUUUGUCAUGUAAGACAAUCUGAUUUAAUGUCCUAAAUAUUAGAUGCAUGUUAGAAUCAUUGUUAGAAUGAUUGUGAGUGUUCAUUGAGAAAAGUCAUGCAUCAGUUAGCUACGUAGGUCAUAACAGUUAAUUUAUGUUUAUUGUUUACCAGACAAAAGUGCUUAGGUUUAUUAUUUUAAUUGAAAUCUUUGCCUUUAAUUGCCUUUUGGUUAAUUAAUUGAAUAGUAAUCUAAAACAAAUAAGUGAGAAAUUAUAAUUUGUGAAACCUUUUUAAACACUUUACCCUGUUCUUUUAGUUGGUUAAAGCAUAUUCCCAAGGCUUGCGACAUCUGAACAUGCAGUUGCUUGUGAUGGUCAUUGACUCUUAUUGUUUGACUGGCAUUUGCUAUCAUUUCUAAAUCCAAUGGCAUUACUUCAGAAUUAUGCACUUUAAUGUUUAGAACUCUAGAGGCCAGAUUGAGAAGAAUUGAAAUUCUUCAUCUGAAUAGCAGAAAUUAGAAGCUUGCAUGGUAUCUGUGGUAAACUGAUAAAACUUGUAAGUAUUAUGCAGUCCAAACAUAAAUAAAAUCAGCUACUUGGUGAAUUUGUUUUACUUAUAAAUAGAUCAGUGUAAUAACAAAUAUGAAUAGAGUUUAAUUCAUUCUAUUUCUGACUUGUUUAAGAUGUCCUCCUAAUUUCAACUUUUAUCUCUAAAUCUGAUUUAGGAAGUUGAGACAAACUGACUUUAGUUGAUCAUAUCCCUAUUAUCCAUGUUGUCUGAUUCUAUAAAUUUGAAACAAAAGUGUGCAAGUAGUGAUCAAUUAGCUUCAUUGAAAUUAAAAAUAGUUCCUUUUUUUGCUGGAUUGUAGUAUGAAGAAUUUUGCUAACUCUUUUUCAUUGGAAGCUGUUUUGUAGUAGACUUUGCAAAUGGAGGUUUUUGUAAUCUUUGUAUGAUAAUUAAGAUGAAAUCCAUCCAUCUUCUCAGUUAUUUGGGUUUUGAUAACUGUUUAAACUUGUUCACAGCAAAAUGUUUAAACUGUGUUAACUAUUUACUUAGUUACAAAUACGAUUACUUGUAAUUAAUUAAUGUUUAUGCCAGAUUAGUGAAUGAAUCACUUAGCUCAAUAUCACGCUGCUCUUGACACCUUGGUGGUAUUUGUUGUUUUUUUUUGCACAAAUUAAUGGUAGCAUUACAAAUGCUUGCAGAUGCCUCUACAUUUCUAAAAUUCUGUUACUAUCUCCCAGGCCUACUAUUUUGACCUGAAAAUAUUGUGUUAAUAUAAACUUGUUUUUACAAAUUUGAUUCAUUUUAAGAUUUCUGCAUUAGAAAGGGAUAUUUUACUUCCUUGCUCAAAAUAAACUUUUUAAAGUUUGACUCGACUUUACUGAUCACCUCAGAUUAAAGUAUUUCAUUAAGUGCAAGAAAUAUUGAGGCUUUGAAAUUCUGAAUCUACAGCAGAUACUUCAUGCUGAAAGCUUGAAGAGUUUAAGACUGAGGCAUUGCUAAAUUCUAACUUUUCUGAACUUUUCACAGCUUAGAUUGAAACAAUGUACAACAGCACUUUCAAGAAGACCUAAUAGAAAUUUAUGAAUUUUCAGUAAGUUGUAACUCUAACUCUGAAGUCUAAAUGCAAAUCUUAAAUUCUGGGGCACCAAUGAUAUACUUGAAGCAGUUUAAAGCCACAGUUUACACCUUCAUCUCAAUUUGAACUUUUAACACAUUUCAUUGACAACACUUCUAUUCAAUAUCACUUGCCCAAUAUGUACAAUGCUUAGUAAUCCUUUCCAUCAUAACAUGUGGUUUCAUUGGUUCCCUGCACCUUCCUGAUCUGAAUGGUUUGCUAUAAAUUAUGCAGUAGAUACUUUUGACACUCCAUGACAUUGCUACAGUAAUGAUAUGAUAACUAAUUUGUAUAAUAUCUACAAACUAAUUAACCUAAUUUAUAACAUUAAAUUCACUGAACCAUUUUAAUGUGCCAUUUUAAAUGUAUUUCUGCUGUGACAAAGAACUUCCUAAA